ACCUCUUGUUGAAAGCAGAAAGUGGUUGAAAUUCAAAAUUUUCAUAUUUAUCCUUUAAUUUCUGUAUCAACCAUCAAUUCUGGAUAUAUACAAUCAAAACUGAAUUGGAGAUCGAUUUAUUAACUUUGGACAAAUUUAGUAAGUAGUUUUCUUAUCCUAUUAUAUUAAUUUUGUGAGGCUGAACUGGUGGAAUAUCAAAACAUUUUAUUUAAUAAUAUUUACCAUCCAUGCAUACACCAGAAUGUUCAAUCUUAGGAGUAAUUUUCAAAGAGUACAAAAAUGUAAAACCAUUCCACACAGAAGGAUUUAUGAUAUAUUUCCUGGUACCAAAAAGAAAGUAUUCCUGCCGAAUCCAAACAAGAAAAGAAUAAUACUAGAAAAACAAAAGCCUCAUACACCAUUCACAGAAAAACACAUUGGACCUCGUAAAAACAAGUUAGACAUACAAAUGUUAUCAAAAGCCAUAUAUGAUCAAGUUUUCCUGGAAGGGUAUAGAGAGAGUACAGAUGUGGCAGUCUUAGAACAAUGCAGAAAAGACCUCCUGAAACAUAAUAUGCAGAGUAAUGAGACUGACAUUCGAGAAGAUCUAAAUUUCAAGAUCCCACCAUUGAAAGGAAAAAAUAUUGAGGAACAUUUCAGGCUCAUUGGUGAAGAACAGGUCAAACCAUAUCACAAUUUAAUUACUAGUUUAUUGGACUUCAUUCCUGGUUGUCCUGAAAAAUGGCUCAUGCAGACAGGAUGGACAAGAUAUGUGCCUGAAUGUGAACCUGAGCAAGUACCCUUUCCUCUAGAAGAUGCAAUAGUCUUUGAUAUUGAGGUGUGUAUGAUGGCUGGUAAAACGCCCACCCUAGCCACAGCCGUCAGCGGAAAGGCCUGGUACGGUUGGGUGAGUCCGGCAGUGCUAGAGGGCGCCAGCAAACCGGUGACCAGUCACCACUACCCCAUAACUACCCUGAUUCCCAUGGAGAGCACCGAAGACGACAAUGGCAUCGAUCUGACCGACCACCAGGUCAAACCCAAAGUGGUGAUCGGCCACAACGUUUCUUACGAUCGGGCUCGCUUGAAAGAACAGUACUGGAUCAACAAAACGGGCACCCGGUUCAUAGACACGAUGAGCUUGCAUGUUUGCGUAGGGGGGCUCACCAGCUACCAGAGAACCGUCCUCAAAUCCGAGACUGUCAGUGAAGAUGACCAGGCUUGGGCGAGUUGUAGCUCGUUGAAUAAUCUGGUGGACGUUUACAAGCUCUACUGCGGGAAGAAAAUCCGGAAGGAGACUAGGGAUUUUUUCGUGGAGGGUACUCUGCUGGAUAUUAGGGAUAACUUUCAGACAGUGAUGGAGUAUUGCGCUAAGGAUGUCGAGGCUACGUACGAGAUUAUGAGGGAGCUGUAUCCGCUUUUUUCUCAGAGGUUUCCUCAUCCAGUUACUUUGGCAGGUAUGCUGGAAUUGAGUACAGCUUACUUACCUGUAAACGCUAACUGGCCUCGAUACAUCCAAGAAUCCGAACAAUCCUAUGAAGACUUGGAAAGUGAAGGAAAAAUAUUACUAGCUAGAAGAGCAGAUAACGCUUGUCAUUUGCUACAUGAAGAUAAAUAUAAAAGCGACCUUUGGAUGUGGGACCAAGACUGGUCCAUCAAAGACAUAAAGCUGAAAAGCACCACAACCAAGAGAAAGCAAGAGGAACUCAAACAAAACAUUGAAGAUGAAAAGAAUGAGGAAGAAGACGAGAAAGACCCUCUCGAGGAAAAAUUCAAAUACCUCUGGGCAACCAAAGAAUACUUACCUUCUGUCAAAACACUGCUUCCAGGUUACCCAAACUGGUACCGAAAACUGUGCACCAAGCCGGAUUCUUCAUCUUCUUGGGUGCCAGGACCCCAUUUGAUCAGCACCUCCAUGAAAAUAACACCGAAGCUGCUGUCAUUGACCUGGGAAGGCUACCCUCUGCAUCAUUUAAAAGACAAGGGUUGGGGGUUCCUAAUUCCCUUCUCGGAUGACAUUGAAGUCGAGAGAAAGCUGCCACUUGAGAAGCUUCUGGAAAAGUGCCCUCUUCUCACAACCAAAGAUGGCAGCACUAGUUGGGAGGCCAUGCAGAAUCUCACGCAAAAUGUUAACGAGUAUCUCGGGAAGAGAGAGUACUAUUCUAAAUUGAAAACGAAUAAAACAGAAGGGAUUUAUAAAGGCGUGGGGGUAUUUUGCAAUACUGAAAUAGAAAACUGUUGUUGGUUCAUGAAAUUACCCCAUAAAGAUGGCCCUUCUUAUAACGUUGGUAAUCCUUUGGCGAAGGAUUUUUUGAACAAGUUUUCUGAAAAUGUACUGGCUGGCGAUACAGAAAGUGCUGAACAGGUCUUGGAGAUCGCGAGGAAAUUGUCGUAUUGGAGGAAUAAUAGAGACAGGGUCAUGGAACAAAUGGUGAUCUGGUUAGGGGAGGAAAAUCUGCCAGACUCAGUACAGGAUAAAGGCUAUCAAUACGGAGCCAUCAUCCCCCAAGUGGUGGUAUGCGGCACCCUGACGCGCCGAGCCGUGGAACCCACCUGGAUGACCGCAUCCAACGCCCACCCCGAGAGAGUGGGCUCCGAGCUGCGCGCCAUGGUCCAAGCCCCGCCAGGCUACAGCAUAGUAGGCGCUGACGUCGACUCGCAGGAGCUCUGGAUAGCUUCCGUGCUGGGAGACGCCCACCAAGCCCGAACGCACGGCGCCACUCCGUUGGGCUGGAUGACACUCGGUGGCAACAAGUCCGCCGGCACCGAUAUGCACAGCGUCACCGCUAAGGCGGUGGGCAUCAGCCGGGACCACGCCAAGGUCAUCAACUAUGCGCGGAUAUACGGCGCAGGACAGAACUUCGCCGAACGGCUGCUCAAGCAGUUCAAUCCGACCAUGUCGGAGGGCGAAGCCAGGAGCAAAGCGAUGAAGAUGUUCGCUUUGACCAAAGGAAAGAAAACGUUCUACCUCAAGUCGGAGUAUCUGCUGGAUUUCGCUGAUUUGCCUUACUCGAAGUGGCAGGCCCUGGAUGUAGCGAAAAUCUGCGGGAAAACUCUGGAUCAAAUGUUCCACAAGUCCAAGUGGGUAGGCGGUACAGAAUCAGCUAUGUUCAACAGGUUGGAGGAAAUAGCGAACAGUGAAGCUCCUGCUACUCCUUUUUUGGGCGGCCGACUCAGUAGAGCUUUGGAACCGAAAUCUGAAGAUGACCGGUACUUACCAACUAGAGUUAACUGGGUAGUGCAAAGCGGAGCUGCAGACUUUCUUCACCUGAUGUUGGUCUGCAUGCGUUGGAUCAUGGGUGACAAAGUGAGGUUCUGUUUGAGUUUCCAUGACGAGGUUAGGUAUAUGGUGCCUGACGCGUACAGGUACCAAGCUGCCCUGGCGCUGCACGUGACGAAUCUUCUUGUUAGGUCGUUUUGCUCGUAUCGACUUGGUUUGCACGAUCUGCCGCAGUCGGUGGCAUUUUUUUCGUCGGUGGAAGUGGAUAAAGUGCUAAGGAAAGAGUCGAAGCAGGAUUGCGUUACGCCUUCUAAUCCGCAUGGACUCAGUAAAGGAUAUGGAAUCGGAAAUGGUGAAUCUUUGGAUAUUUAUCAAGCAAUAGAAAAAGCUGGCGGGAAUUACAGUUGUUGGUAUGGCAGCAGGUUUGAUUUGAAAAGUAAUGUCAAGAGCAACAAAAAGAAAACACGUUCUCCUUGAGGUCUUCAAAGAUGACUUAUCUCUGCCGACAGAGAAUCAACAAAUCGUCAGAGUUCUCAACAGCAGGGGCAACAACCUUCAUGAAGUGGAGGCAGCUGAUAAGUCGGUUUUUCUGGCAUCCAUGCCAACCAAGUUCCGUAAAAACGUUUGGGUGAAAAGGGGCGAUUUUGUGGUGGUUGAACCCAUCGAGGAGGGCGACAAAGUGAAAGCUGAGAUGGUUCGGAUUUUGACGAACGAACAUAUCAAACAGUUCAAAAAGGACAAAGUGUGGCCGCAGGAGUUCACUGAUUGUGAGGAACAGGAAUCUGAUGGAGAUGAUUUGUUUGUUAAUACAAAUAGACCUCAAGUUUCUGAAGAGUCAAGUGAUUCAGAUUCCAGUGAUGAUUGAAGGGCAUGUGAUCAAAAUAUUAUAUUUGACUUAUUUUAGUUACUAUUAAUUCAACAAGUUGCAUUGAAUGGAAUAAUAAAUAAUAUUUCAUCAAAACUGAAGCUAUAUCCAGAUAUAAAUCUACAUUUUCAUACAGAUUCUCUCAUAUUUCUUGCUAUUUUUCUUUGGACAAUGUUCGUUAUGUUGCCAUCUACAUUUGUAAGCGGUUGGUUUCUUCUAAUUGCGAGCUGAAAGAGAGCGAAUUUGAUUAUAUUUGAUGAUAAAUUCGCAAAAUAUACCCUCAUCAUAACAGCCCAAAUCAUUUACACCCCAGUAAACUAAAAAAGAAAACAUGAACACCCAGAAACUACCACCUACCAAGGAUUACUUUAGCUACAACAGGAAAACUGUUUUGUUAUUAACUUAUAUGCAUUGUUUUUUUUUAUCUAUCUAUAGUCUAUUAGAUGAAUUUGUGAGUAGGCUGAAAGAUUCAGUUGAUACCCGUUUGGGCAAUUUCCCAAUAAAGAUCUCUCUUCCUCUUGAUAAAAAACUAGUGAAUAGUUUCUUUCAAUGUUUAAUAUUAAACAGUUAUACCUGUAAUUUAACUGUGAUACAAAACACUGCUAUUUUUAGUGAAUAUUGUGAAGAAAAAAUAAAUGAUCAAUUUAUCAAACCCCCCGUUGGGCGCCAAAAAUAUUUAUCUUGAUAGUAAGUGAAUUGAAACAAAAUCAGGAACUCAUUGAUGGAUGAAUUUUGAAAAUAUUAGUGUUUUGCAGUAAAAUGAAAUUUUGUCCAAACACUCACCUCGAUUUGCUGAACAAGUUUCACUUCUUGUUCCCCAACAACGAAAUUAGUGACUUUACAAGAAUCUGGGCUUCCCAACCUGCCCACUCGCCCUAUCCUAUGCAAAUAAUCUGCAGCAUAUAAUGGAAAAUCAUAGUUGAGAACAUGCAUGACUUGAAUUGUAUUCAGUCCACGGCUGCCAACAUCAGUAGCUGCCAAAAUGUUUGCUUUACCACUAACAAACUGGUUCCACUGCUCUAUCCGAAUGGCAUAGUUCAUGUCACCGUUUAUAUUUGCACAGUUGACACCAUUUUCCCUCAGGAACAAAGCUACCCAGUUACAAGUCUGGUUCUUGUUUGUGAAGAUCACCAUUGGGGAUUUAUUAUUUUUGGCGGUUUGAAGUAAAUGUGAUGGUUUCAUGGAUGCAUUCAACCUGAGGAAUUUUUGUGUUAUAUUUAGAAGAGGUUUAUGUAUUCUUGGUGAUACCACAUGCUUCAUGGACUGUUCCAAAGGUGCUAAAAUGUCUGGUAAACUUUUUGGAAGAGUUGCUGUUACUAAGAGGAAUUGAGAUUGUGAUAAUCUUUUCACCAAAGAACUCAUUCUUUCAAUGAAACUGUCAUCUAUUAGAGUAUCAGCUUCAUCCAGAACUGCAUAUUUUGC